AUGGAACAAAUAGAUACUUUAUUUGCAAGUUUGGAUAAUGUAACUGCUGAUCCAUUGGAAGAAGUCGAAAAUAGUAUUCGUGUAAUUGAACCCCGAGUAUACAAAAUUUAUUUUCGCGAUAGAGACCCCCUUCAUGAGUAUACAGAAUCAGAUUUUAAGAAGAGAUUUCGUUUUGGAAAAAAUGUCGUUAUGAAUGUAAUAUUACCAAUGAUUAUCGAUAACAUUCGCUAUGAAACACAAAGAGGUCUUCCUAUCUCCCCAGAAUGUCAACUCCUUACAGCAUUAAGGUUUUAUGCUACAGGUAACUUCCAAACCGUAAGUGGAGACCUCAUACAUAUAUCCCAAUCAACAGUUUGCAAUAUUGUACAAAAAGUAAGUCGCUCAUUAGCUCAUCAAAUGCAUAGAUUCAUCAAAUUUCCAAGGUCAGAAAGAGAGUUAAAAAGAGUGCAGGAUGACUUUGAAUCUAUCGGACGUAUAGGAAGAUAUGGUGGACUGAAGAAUAUUAUUGGAGCAUUGGAUUGCACCCAUAUAAAGAUAUCCAAACCCCGAGGAAUAGAACACACCGAACAAUACCGCAAUAGAAAAGGUUACUUUUCUUUGAAUGUUCAAGUUGUAGGAGGCCCAUAUUUGCAAAUAUUUGAUAUAGUCGUACGUUGGGCUGGAAGCACUCAUGAUAGUCGCAUUUUUCGAAAUUCCAUGUUAAAUGUCAAAUUACAGAAUAAUGAAAUUCAAGGUACGUUAGUUGCCGAUGCAGGUUACUCAUGCACAAAACAUUUACUUACUCCAAUAUCUAAUCCUUCAAGUCCAGCUGAAGAAAGAUACAACAAGGCGCAAAUCAAGACUCGAAACACAAUUGAGCGAUUAUUUGGGGUAUGGAAGCGGAGGUUUCCAUGUUUACAAAGAGGUAUGGCUACAAAACUAAGAAACACGGCUAACAUUAUAAUAGCUUGUGCGGUCUUGCAUAAUAUAGCUAUAGAAACAAAUGACCCCAUUGAUGAUUUAGAAAUGCAAACAAACAUAGAGACGAUAUCUAGCACAGCAACUACCCUUGGAACAAGUGAUGGCAUGGUUCUUCGGGCUAAUAUUAUUACACGAGAUUUCACAUAA